AUGUGGAGAGUGUGCGGGGUGGUUUGCGCUUGGUGUCUCGCCCUCCUCGCCCAAGACUGUAGCGCGCAGUCCCAAAGGAGAACCUCUUUUACAUGUGGGGGAAACUUCACAGGGCAAUCUGGAAUUAUUGGAAGUCAGGGGUACCCAGGAGUUUACCCUCCAAAUACUAAAUGUGUGUGGAGGAUCACAGUUCCAGAAGGCAAGGUGGUGGUGUUGUCGUUCCGCUUUCUUGACUUGGAGAACGACAGCCUAUGUCGCUACGACUACGUGGACGUGUACAGCGGUCAUGUCAACGGGCAGCGACUUGGCCGAUUCUGUGGCACGUUCAAGCCGGGCGCUCUAGUGUCCACCAGCAACAAGAUGACGCUGCAGAUGGUGUCGGACGCCAACACAGCUGGCAGCGGCUUUCUGGCUGUUUUUUCUGCUGCUCAGUCGCACGAGAGAGGGGACCAAUACUGUGGUGGCAGACUGAACAAGCCUUCUGGAACAUUCAAAACGCCUAACUGGCCUGACAGGGACUACCCGGCUGGUGUCACCUGCUCCUGGCACAUAGUGGCACCAAAGAACCAGAUCAUUGAAGUCAAGUUUGAGAAGUUCGAUGUGGAGCGAGAUAACUACUGCCGCUAUGACCAUGUCACUAUUUUCAACGGCGGCGAGAUCAAUGACGCCAGGAGGAUCGGGAGAUACUGCGGAGACAGCCCUCCAGCUCCAGUUUACUCAGAGGGGAACCAGCUCCUUGUCCAUUUCCUGUCGGAUCUCAGCCUAACUGCAGAUGGCUUCAUCGGGCACUACAAAUUCCGCUCCAAGAAGUUUUCCGUCACUACCACACUGCCCCCCACCACCACACAGCCGGUCACCACUAGGCCCAUACCACUGAAGUACUCCGUGGCCUUGUGUCGACAGAAGUGUAAACGACGAGGAACUCUUGGGAGCAACUUCUGCUCAAGCAAUUUUGUGAUCACCGGCACAGUCAUCUCGGCGGUGACUCGUGGUGGGAGCGUGCACGUUACCGUGUCCAUCAUUAACGUGUACAAAGAAGGCAACCUGGCCAUACAGCAGGCAGGGAAGACCAUGAGCACCAAAAUGGUCAUCCUAUGUAAGAAGUGUCCCUUGGUCAAGAGAGGCUUAAACUACAUCUUCAUGGGGCAUGUGGACGAGGAGGGCCGGGGCUUGGUGGGCCCUCACCACUUCGUGCUUGCCUUCAAGACCAAGAACCAGAAGACGCUCAAUGUGCUCAAGAACAAGCGUUGCUGA